CAUUUUACCCUUUUCUGAAAAACAAGGUGUGGACCUUGGCCUUUGUGCCUUUAUUUUUUCCCCCAAAUGGCUCAAAAAUCUCUUGAAGAUCAGCUUUGCAAUGCCGCUGCCAAUGGAAAUCUUUCUGAAGUCUUGUUGUGUCUUGAAAGAGGGGCAGCAAUAAAUGGACUAAACAGCUACAGCAGAAAUGCACUACAGGUGGCAAUGUUGGGGCACUCAAAACUGGUCGGAGAACUUCUUCGCGCAGGGGCAGAUCCCAGUGUCCGCGACCCUGUGUGCGGCCUCACUGUGCUCCAUGAUGCUGCGCGUGAGGGCUUUGAGGACACUGUGCGCGUCUUGCUGGACCACGGUGCGGACCUGAACGUGACUGAUGAUAGAGGCUACCUCCCGCUGCACUUGGCUGAUAUGAAAGGUCACAAAGGUGUCGUCGAACUCUUAAUCGGACGCACUGCGUUUUCAAAAAACACGAAUGGCGAGGGGCGCCCAGCGAUAUAAGGAGCCUAGACACUGGGCCUAUAGCUACACAACACCGACCCCGCUUCAAUCGAGAGCACGACAGUAUUUAAUUACAGAUGCCGUACAAAAGUCACGCAGUCGCCCAUGAAAAAUCUAACAAACG